AAAGCCUAAUCCAGGAGUAACAAACCGUUUGAAUCACAAAGGACAUGAGAUAAUAUAAUACAAAAACUAAAACGCAUCGUUUCGAGACCCUCAUCGCUAGUUGAAAGAAUGGGCACCGUUCGUAAACUCAUCGUUGAGGUCGUCGACGCUCACAACCUCGUCCCCAAGGACGGCCACGGAACCUCCAGCCCCUACGUCGUCGUUGACUUCUACGGUCAACGGAAGAAGACUCGAACCGCAGUUCGCGACCUGAACCCUGUCUGGAAUGAGACGCUGUCGUUUAACGUGGGCGCCUCCUCUGACAUUUUCGGCGACAUGCUCGAACUUGACGUUUACCACGACAAGAGUCAUGGGUCGACCCGGCGAAACAACUCGCUGGGACGGAUCCGACUCAGUUCCACACAUUUCGUGAAGAAAGGCGAAGAGGCUUUGAUAUAUUACGUGUUGGAGAAGAAGCACAUUCUCAGCAUGAUCCAAGGUGAGAUCGGUUUGAAAAUCUACUACGUUGAUGAAAAGGUUCCGCCGCCAGUUCCACCGGAACCACAAGCACCGCCACCGCCGGAACAACAACCGGCGCCUCCGGCCGAGAAUGAAAAAGUAGAAGAACCAACAGUGGAGGCACCGUCUGAACCACCACCGGAAGGUGACAAACCUAAAGAAGAGCCACCGGAAGGUGAUAAAGGUAAAGAAGAGCCACCGGAAAAAGAAAUAGAGGAACCUCCGGCACUAACCGAGGCUGAUAAGCCACCCGAGCCUGAGCCCGAGCCCGAACCUGCUAAACCGUUAGAAAGUGCGGAUCAGGUAGAACAGUUACCGCGUGCACCGGUUGAGCCUGACGUGAAUUUAAACGUUAAGGCGGCUUCUGUGUCUAGGUCAAAUUCGGAGAUAAGGUUCAGUGGUAUCAACGGUCCUCAACCAAUCAGAAGGUCUGCAUCGACGGCCAGUUUUACUUCAGAGGCGUCGAGUGAUAGCGUGUUGAUCGAACGGUCCUCGUUUGAUCUGGUGGAGAAGAUGCACUACCUCUUCGUUCACGUGGUGAAAGCGCGGUACUUGCCAACUAACGGUAACCCUGUUGCGAAGAUAGCGGUUUCGGGCCACCACGUCACGUCGAGGCCGGCGCGCAAGACCACGUUGUUCGAGUGGAACCAGACCUUCGCUUUCGCCCGCGACGCACCGGAUUCCUCCUCCAUUCUUGAGGUUUCCGUGUGGGACCCGCGGGACCACGUGGCUGACGUAGACGGUCGUAAUUUGCUUGGUGGAGUGUGUUUUGACGUGAACGAGAUUCCCGUGAGGGACCCACCGGAUAGUCCUCUGGCCCCACAGUGGUACAGAUUGGAAGGUGGUGGGGCCCUCCACGGUGACCUCAUGAUUGCCACGUGGAUCGGAACGCAAGCUGACGAAUCGUUUGCUGACGCGUGGAAAAGUGACACGUACGGUCAUGUGAACUCAAAAGCCAAAGUUUACCAGUCACCGAAACUGUGGUACCUCCGGGCCACUGUUCUCGAAGCUCAAGACGUUAUUCCGUUGUCGUCCAAGGAAGCUUGUUUUCAAGUUAAAGCCCAAGUUGGAUUCCAGGUGCUGAAGUCUAAAACGGCCGUCACUCGAAACGGCACCGUUUCGUGGAACGAAGAUUUUCUCUUCGUGGUAGCAGAGCCUGUCAGCGACCACCUCGUGUUCACCCUGGAAAACCGGCAACACAAAGCCCCGAUGACAAUGGGUAUGCUCAGAAUACCUCUGGUCGCAAUUGAGAGAAGGGUGGAUGACCGGAACGUCGCGUCGCGUUGGUUCACCCUCGACAACCCCAAUGAGGAGAACAACUACAAAGGCAGAGUGCACCUUCGCUUGUGCUUUGACGGUGGGUAUCACGUGAUGGACGAGGCAGCGCACGUGUGCAGCGAUUACCGGCCCACGGCAAGGCAACUUUGGAAGACACCGGUUGGCACGGUCGAGCUCGGCAUCAUUGGUUGCAAGAAUUUAAUCCCGAUGAAGACGGUAAACGGUAAAAGCUCUACCGACGCGUACUGCGUAGCCAAAUACGGUAACAAAUGGGUUCGUACGCGAACCGUAUCGGAUAACUUGGAGCCCAAGUGGAACGAACAGUACACGUGGAAGGUGUAUGAUCCUUGCACCGUAUUAAGCAUUGGAGUGUUUGAUAGUUGGGCAAUGUUCGAGUUAGACAGAGAAAAUAACCCUAACGAAUCCACAAGACCUGAUUUCCGUAUAGGAAAAGUACGCGUCCGUAUUUCUACGCUCCAAACGGGUAAAGUGUACAGAAAUACGUAUCCUCUGCUUGUGCUAACUCACGCGGGAUUAAAAAAAAUGGGGGAAAUAGAGAUAGCAAUAAGGUUCCUUCGCACCACUCAACGGUUAGAUUUCCUCCACGUGUACUCGCAGCCAAUGCUACCGUUGAUGCACCACAUAAAACCGUUAGGCGUUGUGCAGCAAGAAGUGCUGAGGAACACGGCUGUGAGAACGGUGGCGGCACACUUGUCGAGAUCGGAACCGCCGCUAAGGAAGGAGGUGGUGUUUUACAUGCUGGACGCUGAUUCUCACAACUUUAGUAUAAGAAAAGUGCGUGCUAACUGGUACAGGAUCAUCAACGUGGUCGCGGGAGUGAUCGACAUCCUACGGUGGAUAGAGGAUACACGUGGAUGGAAGAAUCCAACGGCCACGAUUCUUGUGCACGCGCUGUUGGUUAUGCUUGUGUGGUUUCCUGAUUUGAUUAUUCCCACUUUUCUUUUUUAUGUUUUUGUUAUUGGCGCGUGGAACUAUAGGUUCCGUGCGCGUGACCCGCUUCCGCAUUUCGAUCCGAAGAUUUCGCUUGCUGAAGUGGUGGACAGGGAGGAGUUGGAUGAAGAGUUUGAUGCAGUGCCGAGUGCGAGAGCGAGUGAGGUGGUGCGUGCGAGGUAUGAUAAGUUGCGCACGCUCGGGGCGCGCGUGCAGACGGUUCUAGGUGAUUUUGCUACGCAAGGGGAGCGCGUGCAGGCGUUGGUGACGUGGCGGGAUCCACGUGCCACGGGAAUAUUUGUGUUUUUGUGUUUGGUGGUGGCUUUGAUAUUGUAUCUGGUGCCUUCGAAAAUGGUGGCUAUGGCUUCGGGGUUCUACUAUCUCCGCCACCCUAUUUUCCGGGACCGGUUGCCGUCGCCGGCGUUGAACUUCUUCAGGAGGUUACCGUCAAUGUCAGAUCGAAUUAUGUAGAUUUUUGGUUCUUUUUUUUUUCUAAAAUGGCAUCGAAAUGAGGUACAAGGUGUGGCAAGUUGUAGAGUAAUGA